CCUAAUGAAACUCUCAUAUGGUACGAUGAUGUCUUAUCCUCUUCUUCCUCCUCAAACUCAAACCAUAAACAUGUCAUCAAUAGCUUCAUCUACAUGUUUUCCUUUCUACACCCCCCAUAAAUCUUCAAACCUCCACAACAACAACAAAUCUUGUUUUUCCAAAUCCAAUUAUUUCUCAACUCUCACAUGUAAAGCAUCAUCAUCAUCAACAAGAAGUUUUUCAUCAUACAUGUUGGAGUUUGACUUGUAUGAUCUUCUAGGAAUUGAUAGCUCUUGUGAUCAGUCACAGAUAAAGACGGCGUAUCGAUCUCUUCAGAAAAGAUGUCAUCCUGAUAUUGCUGGUCCUUCUGGUCAUGACAUGGCUAUUAUUCUUAAUGAUGCUUAUGCCAUUCUAUCUGAUCCAUCUGCACGCCUUGCUUAUGAUAAGGAGCAUGCAAAGACCACAGAAUUCAAAGGCUUCACAGGAAGACCAAUAUAUUCAGUUUGGUGUGGUUCAGAAAGUGAGCAAAAGGCUAUAUUUGUUGAUGAAGUAAAAUGUGUUGGAUGCUUAAAAUGUGCUUUGUUAGCUGAAAAGACUUUUGCUAUAGAAUCAGUUUAUGGAAGAGCAAGAGUUGUUUCUCAAUGGGCUGAUUCUGAACACAAAAUUGAUGAGGCCAUACAAGCUUGUCCUGUCAACUGCAUUUCAGUUGUUGAGAGAUCCAACCUUGCUGCUCUAGAGUUCUUGAUGUCGAAGCAGCCGCGUGGCAAUGUAAGAAUAGGUGCAAGUAAUACAGCCGGCGCCCGUGUGUCUAACAUAUUUGUUGACGUGGAAAAGUUUCAAACAAGAUUCCAAGAGACAAUGGAAAAAGCUUCCAAGUAUUCUAAGGAAACAGACUUCCAAAGAGAAUCAAGAAUAUCAGCAAUUCAAGCAAUAAGAUCAAUCUCCAAUUGGUUAUAUUGGCAACCACAUAUUUCAAAAUCCAACCAAACCAUAACAAGAGUGAUGCACAAAUUACCUCAACCAAACAUUGACAAACUUAGAGAUGCAGCAGCAAGAAAGAAAAUAAUAGACACAAAAAAAACAAACCACCAAACACCUUUAAAUAUAACUCACCAUGAAGAGUAUUGGACACCAUCAACCAUUGUUCUUCCUUCUUCAUCAACAACAACAACAACAACUACUACUAUUACUACUCCAACACAAUUUGAGAAGCUUAAAAGAAACAAAAGAAGAAAUAAAAGUGAUGUUGAAAGAUAUGAGAAUGAAAAGAGUCCAAUUAGAUGGGGAUUUCCAAUGAUUACUUCAUUGUUUGGUAUGGCUAUAGUUAGAUUACAUGAAGUAAGAUCAACAAUUGAGUUGAAAGAGCAUUUGGGUGGUUCUCUUGCUUUGGAAAUUGUUAACAGCUCUUGGUUGCAAUAUGUGCUUGCAGCAGCUAUAUGGUAUAUAAUUGGAAUUGCUGUUAUUGAUUUUGUGGCCAUCAUUGGAAAUAGAAACAGAUAGAAGAAGUUCAUAUUUAUAAAUAUUUGAUUAAUGAUUAUAAGAAUAUAGAAUAGAACAUAGAUACAUGUAAUGUAAUAUUAAGUUGUAUAUGAAGAAACACAUGAAUCACAAAGUACAAAUGAUGUAUUAUAAGCUCUCCAUUAAAGCAUAUUUAUUUGUUUAA